GCGGCCGGACUCAACCACUCGAUUCAUUCAUUGAUUUGUCAUCGAGGAGGUGCAAAGAUCACCAUGGCUAUCAUUUUUAUUUCUCACGAAUGACUCUCGGAUGCACUCGAGACCACCGUGAUCUCGCCACAACGCUGAAGCGUCGCUUCACCCACAGCAGAGCGAUCGAGCUUCGGUAGAUAGCACAGCGCCACUUUGUUUUAGAACUACGUGAAGAGACAAUUAAGUCUGAAGGAGGGACUUGCAGCUCGCGCUGUUCAUUAAAUCUGAUCUGUUGCUAUAAAUUUACCCGGGUUCCCUGGGGAGGGUGCCACACUUCUACGAGCAGCCAUAAAUAUUGGUUGGACGAACAGAGCCAAGCUCUCGAGUUUCCCCGCGUCAAAUCUCCACUGACUGUUGAGUCAACUUUAUGACAGUUGGGGCUUGUCAAACUGAUCUCGCUUAUGAUCAUACAUAAGCCACAGUUUUCAACGAGCGACAGUGAGUAACUCACAGGCUUUUGGUGGAGACUGUCGACGUUGACUUAUGAACAAUCCAUUUCUUCGUCGUCUGCGUGCCUUGAAGCAGGGCAGCUGUUGCAGUGCCGAGGAGAGUACAUGACUGUCAUGCACAUUUCGAGAGAUAUUCAUUAAAAAACUUAGCCUUUUUUGUUUUGCGACGAUUUCUAGAUCAAACUUCUUGGGAGCCGAUUUAUUAUUGAAUAUUCGACCAGAUGUAGUCUUACGCAUCUUUUGUAUCGCUGCUUAAUCAUUUAACUGGAGUCCGAGGACCGGGUUCCACUCACAUCAAGGAGUCUCUACACCCCAAGCCCGCCAGCUGUCCCCUCCCAAGCCCAAGUUACCAUUGACCCGGCUCGCUUCCAGCUUCCCGGCAUGCCCGAGCCCGGCAGUGCCGUCACCAACGGUGGAGAGAAGCUGCCUUUCAACCACCAGAGCGAGGCCCUCCAUCGGAAGAUUCCAUUUUUCAACAAGGGGUGGGGACGGAGGGGCUACCGACGAGCCUGGAUGAUAUGCCUGGCCGGGUUCAUCCUGGACAUCCCCUUCAUGGGAAUGGUUAUGAGCUUCGGUGAGCUUCUGCUGCCGCUGCUGGAUACGUUUGGAGGUGGCACUGCAGCCAUAAGCUGGGUGGGCUCCAUAGCCUUUGGCAUGGCCUACGUUGGUAACCCCAUCUCCACACCACUCUAUCACCGCUUCGGUUGCCGGCGGGUUUCCCUGGUGGGCGUUGCCCUGGGGGCAAUAGCUCUAUUUCUCUGCUCCUUCGUCACCGAGUUUUGGUGGAUGUUCGCCACCUACAGCCUCAUGUUCGGCUUCGCCACCAACUUGUGCUACAACCCGCCGCUGGUGCUCACGGGUGCCUGGUUCCCCGUCAAGAACCACGUUUUGGCCACGUGCGUCCUGGUCGCUGGUAUCCCGUUUGGUUCCCUGGUCAUGAACCCCGUAUGUCAAAGCCUUGUGGAAACUGUCGGCCUCCGAAAUACCUACCGGGUGUUGGCAGCCCUGGCGCUAGUCAUAGGCAUCCCGUGUUGCCUCAUCUUCAAACAGCCUCCCCUGGAGGAAGAGGACGACACACGGUCGCUGGAGGGCAGCAUCGAGAGCACCGAAGUGGACGGCGAGUGGUUGUCGGAGAUGAUCAAACAGGAGAAGGAGCCAGCAAUCCGGAAGAUCUUCGGGGUUCGGGUCUCUCUGUGGCUCGACCCGGUCUACAUUCUGUACAUGUUCGGGCAGCUUUUCAAAGGAAUAGGAUACGUUUUCCCGUUCAUACAUCUGGUACGCUUCAUGGACACCAUCGGCAUCGAGCCCUCCACCGGAGCUAUCAUCAUGACCGUCAAGGGGGCUGCCGACAUGGUGGGCCGAUUCUCGGCCGGCGUCAUGGGCGAGAAACUACCCUUCCCUCUCAUCCACAUGUACGUCAUAUGCACUGGUGUCAUGGCCAUCGCUACCUACUUGUGCACCUUCGCCGCGAGUUUUAUCGCCAUGUUUUUCUACGCCCUGACGAUAGGUUUCUUCAACGGAGUUUUCAAUGCGCUUGUGUUUUCCACUACCACGUCUCUCUUCGACCGAGACUCUGCCAAAGAGGCCUGGUCCUUCUGUCAAGUUCCCCCCGGGGUCGCCAUUAUCAUCGGACCUGGAAUUGCAGGGCUCGUCUACGACCUCAGCAAAUCCUACAUCGUCGACUUCUACGUCAACACAGCUGUCUUCGAGGUUGCCAUGUUAACUUUCCUCCUCGUUCCCGGCGUCCAACUAUGCAGAAGGCUACGAUCUUCAAGGGCAGGGGAAGGAGGUGAUGACGGCAAGUCGUCUAAUAUCAUGGAGAUGUCACAGCUCGAGCGCCAGCGGAAACGACUAGCCAACGGUUAUCAAGCAAUGAAUUAAAUUUGAGGGACACCUGACUUCAAAUACCUCUCAUUAUCUUGUUCAGGGUGCUGUUACAAAGACAGAUUGCACAGGAGAUCGUACGGGAUGGCUUCCUCAACUAUAAAUUCAACUCAGAAUACGUCAGCAAAUUCUAAUCUGGUUUCCGGAAUGGAUUAAUCUGACUACGCGAGGAACUUGCAAGUCAGGAAACCAGACGAAGCAAAUUCAGUAAGUUGUGUCCAAAAUCACUAUGACGAAGUCGAAAGUGAUCGGACGAAGCUUUUGCCCACAACUUGCAGGUUUGUCGGGGGAUUUCAACACAACUGUCGCUUUAAAACAAAUCUAGCCUAGCUAUGUACCGGCUGGCCAGCGGAACACCGCCGUUGCGGCAGUGUGGUAUUUGAGUCCAUUACAAGUCCUUUCUUAAGUCCAUUGACAACUUAUUCCCGUCACAAGUCCUUUUACAAGGCCAGUCUUAGGCAUAAGGGUUAACAAUGACCAAAAAACACUUUUUUCACAGCUCAUUUGAAUAGCUUGUGAAUUGGCUUAAGAAUGAAUGACUUUGUGAUUGACAUGUGAUGGACUCGAUUGCAACACUGCGUAGUGGAGUGCCCUCUGUCGCCGGACGGCCAACCUACUCAGUGUAUUGUGACCAAAGACGGUCAUUUAUUUUAAAACUCGUUAUGCCUUGUGGGGAGUUUGUAUUUUGUAGAGAAUUAAACGACACUGUUCUCUCAGCUAUUACAAUUUAGCAUAAACGCGGAUUUAUUUCUUUCCUCAAGAAAGAAACUAUACGGGAAUGUUGGCACUGAUUGAAAUGGCUCUGAUAAUACCAUACCUUCACAAGGAUAAAAUAGGAUAGAAUAGUUCCUUUUAAGUCUAGAAAACACAAAAAGUUAUAAAAUAUAACGUAUAAGUAGAAUAAUUAUUAGUAAAAAUUAUGACCCGCAGGAUAGAUUCACAACUGUGUAAGGAAAAGGUAGCUGUGAAUGAUGUAUAGUAUAUUGCAACAAAUGUGUGUGCCAACGAAUAUUUAUAGUACAUGUACUUUAGCUAUUUAUAAAAAUGCACUGAUUCCUCAGUGCUUUAUAUUUGAAUGGCUGUGUGUCCUUGCGUCUGAGAAUAAUAUGAAAUAAAAUCUAUACAGGAAUGAUUUUACUGGCAC